CAAAGCAAAACAACACGCUAGGAGAACAAUUUUUUUAAAUGUAUGUAUUUCAUCUACCUAUAAGAAAUUCGAAUCACAAAGAAAAAAAAAUAAGAGGAGCAAUCAAGAUUUAUUUCGUAUUUUAUAGGGAAAACUCACUUCUCCAGUCUGUAACAAGUUGUUCAUUAUUAUCAUCAUUAGUUUAAGAUAACUAGUUUCAUCUACAAAUGGAAACAGAGAACAGCUUGCUUCAAACAGAGGAAAAUGAAGAAGAAUCAUUAUCAGUACUAGGAACAAAAAACUUUUGGGACCAGCAGUAUGUAACUGAACUGGAAAAUUUCAAAGAUCAUGGAGAUAUUGGGGAAAUAUGGUUUGGGAAAAAAGUAAUGGAUUCAAUUGUGAAAUGGACAACAGACAAGUUUGAAAAAAAUAUUAACAUUUUGGAUCUUGGGUGUGGUAAUGGAGUGCUCCUAAUCCAGCUUGCUCAAAAGGGAUUCGAGAACCUCGUGGGCGUCGAUUACUCCGAAUCGGCUAUCGUCUUAGCCAACGCAAUUGCGGAAAGUCGCCAAGCAAACAUAAGUUACAAAACUAUAGAUGUGCUUAGCGAAGGGGCAGUCGAUAGUGAGGACCAUGGGAAAUAUAACUUACUCCUAGACAAGGGGACGUUUGACGCCAUUUCGCUGAUGGAAGAUUUUGGUUCGGCGGUGUGCGAACGUUACCUCAAAGCCACGUCUAGUAUGUUGAAAGAAGAUGGGCUAUUUCUCAUGGCUACUUGCAAUUGGACUAUUGACGAAAUUGUGCAACACAUGGCAACAUACUAUAGCCGGACCGAAGUCAUACCAACACCUUCAAUGCAGUUCGGUGGACAGCAGGGUAACAAAGUCAGCGUUGUCGUCUUCCGAAAGAAUAGUUAAUACAGAAGUUAAAAAGCUCAUUUCUACAAUAGCGCCUUUUUUUUUUAAAUUCAGUCUGUAGAACUUCUACAAGGCUCCGAAGCA